AAUAAAUACCAAGCCCUUAUCCUGGAGAGCCAGCAAAAUGGAUGGAAGACCUGGAAUCUCCCAGUGGAGGUGGGCUGCAGAGGCUUCGAUGGGCGGUCAUUUUGGAGAGUACUUGGGCUGCUGGGGAUUGAAGGGCUGGCCAGGAAGCGACUGGUAGCCAACGCCACUAAGCGGCCAGAGGAGACAUCGCCCUGGAUCUGGAUGCAGUGGGAGCAUCACCAUGGGUACGGAACAUUCUCAACCUCAAUCUCAAUCUGACGAGGAAGUAAUUGCCGAGUUUUUCGGCUUCUUUCCCGAGAACUACAUGAACGUGGGUAUCGACGAGUCUCUGCUGAUGUUCUCCGGGACGAACUCCACAGCUCAACUGGUGGGAUACUCAUCCAAGCUGCAGGAGCAGCUGAUAGACCAACUGCCAGCUUUUGUGGAGAAGGUCGGUGGAGUCCUUCAAGGCUUCACCCCCGUGCCCAAUGCAGUGGGCCUGGGAGCAUUCGUCAUCUCCACCAUCCUGCAGAUUGCCUUCAUCGCCAUAAAGGGUUCAUCAGGCAGCAGUGGACCUAGUCCGAUAGACAUGCUGCGCCAAGUCUUUGCAGAGGAGAAAUCCUCAAAGGUGCGGGACCUGAUGCAGGAAUACCUGAAGCGCUACAAGAUGUACCUGUACGACGACUUCCAUCUGCUGGAAGAAACAGUGCGACUGGAAAAAGACCUGAGUCUACAGAUCACCGAGUUGCAAAACUCCAUGCUGGUGGACAAGCAGAUGAGCUCACGCGCUGUCAAACACUGGGUCAACGGUGCUGCCUUCCACGCACAAAUGCUCAUCCACAUCGCCCGACUCAAGCAAGGGACAGCGGGAUUUGAAAGUGCCAAAAGAGCAUCGAGUAACGCGGUUGACGACUACCCGAGACACAUGACAGAAAUACUGGAGCGCUACAAGAAGUACAAGUUGUCUACAUUGACUGUGAAUUUUGAAGCCUCCUGUGUCAGCUACCAGUCUGGCUAUGGCCCUGGCUUCACCAAUUGUCUGACCUUUUGUCAAUUCGAAGUGACAGAAAUGCGUUAUAUAAGAACCGUCGAUCAUAAGUACUGCAGGCCUAGUUUGUCGUCAGAUUCUUACCUGAAAUAUUUUUUCUCAAAUGACAAGAAAUUGACUGAAAUACAGAUGUACUUUAAGAAUCUUCAAAAUAACCUUGAUUAUCUGGCAAACCAAAGAGGAAAGUUUGUUUUUGAAAAAAAAAAUCUGAAUUAGAUUACACAACAGAGGUUGAGUCCAUGAAUAUUUUCUUUGUUUAAUGCCUGUAUAGCUUGUAAAAGUUUGUGACUGGAUCUGCAACCUGAAUGACCAAAUAUUAUGCAUAUGUAGCCUAUCGGUUAUCUUUUUUUUAAGAUAUAAGCCUAGCCUAUAUUUUUGCAUGACCAAUCAUUGAGUUGAUGAUCCAUUUUACAGAACACAUCACACUACAUUCCAUUACACUUAGCCAAGGCUUUCAUCCAAAGUAACUUGCAGUUAUUUUGGCCUCAGGGUAUUGGUUACAAUUGGUUCCAGCUUAUUGGUAAAGCAAUUAGGGCGUCAGAUUUGUAGCCCAAAGGUUGCCGGUUUUAUUUCCAACCCACCAGUACUCUCUCCCAUCCUCUAUGGCGGACAAACUAUUAAUGGACAAUCAAGCAAUAUUAAUGGACAAAAAAAUGCCCAAUGAUUUCCUGUUUUUAUGCAGUGUCCCUUUUGUCCGCGACCCCCUUCUACCUUGGUGACCCCCCUUGGGGUGCCAACCCCCGGUUUGCUAUUUGAACCAUCGUCAACCCACUUUCACAAACUUGCAUGUAUGAGGCUGAAAAACUCAUCAAAAAUGCCGUAUUACGAGUAUAUGAACGCGUUGAUGAUCUGAAAAAAAAUUUGAAACAUUUUUUUAAGGUUGGGAAAAAAGCCCUUGUGAAAUGUGUUGCUAUCAAGCUGAGUACUGUGAACAUUUUGGCUUACAUUGUCAUGGCUUAUGCCAUAAAUUCUUAUAAAGACCUUUUAAAAUCUACACUAACUGAAAGAUGCAACUGUUACUUGCUGGUUGUCUGUGCUUAAUUUUGUUGUGUUUUUAAUUCUGUUAAUGUUAUGUAGCUGUGGUUGUCUUGUCUCUUGUGGUUUUAUUGUGUAACAUUUUAAGUCGCCUUCUUGGCCAGGUCUGCCUGGAAGAAGAGUUAGUCUAACUCAAUGAGACUUCCUGGUUAAAUAAAGGAUAAAUAAAAUAAAAUAAGUAGGCCUA